UGACAUCAGCGGCCGCGGCGAUGGACGAUUUACUGGACCUGGGCGAGGAGAGACGUCGCAGCUCGGCCACCUCCGGGGCCAAGAUGGGACGCCGGGCUCAUCAGGAGUCAACUCAGGCUGAGAAUUACUUCAACAGCAAGAAUUCUUCACUGACUCAGACUGGAGAGGCUCCCCCACCGAAACCACCUCGAAGGCAGGGAGGCUGGGCAGAUGACUCCAUGAAGACGGCAAAAUUGGGAAAGAAAGCUUCUGAAGAGAUGGAAGAUCGCCGCCUCCGACAGCAGAGCCAGAUGGGGUCAGACGAAGGAGAAGACAUUCCUGUGAUCCCAGACCUGGAAGAUGUGCAGGAGGAAGACUUUGUGCUACAGGUGGCGUCCCCUCCGAGCAUCCAGGUAAACCGAGUGAUGACCUACCGUGAUCUGGACAAUGACCUCAUGAAGUACUCGGCCUUUCAGACUUUGGAUGGAGAAAUUGACCUGAAACUCCUCACCAAAGUACUGGCCCCAGAGCAUGAAGUGCGAGAGGAUGAUGUAGGCUGGGACUGGGACCAUCUGUACACUGAGGUGUCCUCAGAGCUCCUCACUGAGUGGGACCUGCUGCGGGCAGAGAAGGAGGAUCCUGUGGGACCAUCUAGGCACAUCUGACCCAGGAACGUCACUGUGCAUUUGUUCAAAUGCAAGAAGUCUCAAACCAAGAGAGCUUGCGAGCAGCUUACAGUUUUUAUAUGGAGUAUUUUGUAAUGGAAUAUUUAUUUUCAGUAGGACACAUUGGAGCAUUCUAAUUCAAUAAACGACUUUAUUCUGUGA